AGAUGAAUGAACUAUUGUCAAAAUUGUACGAUCGCCGGUCGGUGUACGAGCUCGAAUAUUCUAGAUUAGAAUCGGUGAGCAGGCUCACAGUCAGAUUCAAUUGUUUCCCUGAAAAACUUGACAACAGACAACAUGAGCGGCAACGUAGUAAAGCGCCUGAUUCCUCUGCUCGACCGUGUCCUUAUUAAAAGGGCCGAAGCAGUUACAAAAACCGCGGGCGGCAUCGUCAUCCCCGAGAAGGCGCAGACCAAAGUCCUGCAUGGAGAAGUUGUGGCGGUUGGUCCUGGUUCCAGAAAAGAGAACGGCGACUUCAUUCCAGUGCUAGUCAAGGUUGGCGACAAAGUUCUCCUACCAGAAUACGGCGGCACCAAAGUUUCUCUUGAAAAUGAUGAUAAGGAAUACCACCUCUUCAGAGAGAGCGACAUCUUGGCGAAGAUCGACAACUGAAUUUAGUGCUAGUUUUAGUUUAUGAUUCUGAUUCUGUUUAAUAUUAGUUAAAAUUUAGUACAUGUAGUGAAUGAACAUUGUGAUUGUGUAAUAUGCUACUAUGUUGUGAGGGGUAUUAAUGUUAUCUCCUUUGCAUUUCUUAUUAUAAAUUUGUUACGGAAA